AGUUAUUCAUCCCUUGAACACAUAGAUGGCUGCAAAGAGGAUCUCUGCUCUCUCAAAGGGUGUAUAGCAGUAGCCAGUGGUGCUUGUCUCGACAAUCAGGGCAGUGUUGGUCUCUCCAGAGAAUAUGUUGCUGCUAGAAAGAUUCAGACUGCAUACUGUGCACAUGCUGCACGGAAAAGUCUUCGUCAAAUGAGAGGAACUGUAAGGUUACAGAAGCUGGUGCAUGAUUCCAUUAAGAAUCAAGCCUCGGCUACAUUGAGUCACCUGCACUCGUGGACCAAGACGCAGGCCAAGAUCAGAGCACGUCAUGCUAAUAUUGUUAUGGAAGGCCGGCUUAAGCAGAAGAAGCUGGAGAAUCAGUUGAAGCUAGAAGCAAAGCUUCAUGACUUUGAGGUGGAGUGGAAUGGUGGUUCUGAAACAGUGAGUGAAGCUCUUGAAAAAAUACAUCAUAGAGAAGAGGCAGCAGUGAAAAGGGAGCGAGAUCUGGCAUAUGCCUUUACUCAUCAGUGGAGGGCCAACACAAUCCCAAGUUUCGGGUCAGGCAAUAAAGAACUCAGCAAAGAAAACUGGGGCUGGAGCUGGAUGGAUCGUUGGAUAGCUGCUCGGCCUUGGGAAAGGCGAGUUGAAGUGCUUAACAGCCCCCAUAAAACACAGCUGACCUCCCAGCCCCCAAAACUGAUCUCUCCUAACGGAAAGGCAGUUAAGAAAACCAUUUCCCGCCAAAUUGAUCUCUCCUAG